AUGCCCACGAUCCAGGAGUUGGUAACAUUACAGUACGGUACCUUCACCAACUUCUCCCCCCGAACGCUUCCCUUUUUUCCCGUGCCAACCCGUACAGAAAAGUCCUCCCUUCCCUACCCUCCAUCGCCUCACGCGCCUUCCACAUCUGAUUUCAUCCCGUAUUGCGACUAUUACUGUCUGAAUGACCUCGGUCAAUCCAUUCCCUUUUUUCCCGCGUUAAUCGGAUGCUGUGUUCCCGAGUUAGACCUCAUGCUCCGCGACGAGCUUCUCCGGUCUAAGAACGAUGAGAUCGCAAACUGUUUGUUGUCGCGCAAGCGAAAAUUGACCGAGUUGUAUUAUGCGACCGUGGGUUUUGAGGGCGCGACCGCCGACGCUCAUUACCUGCGAAAGGAACAGGCUUUUCUCGAGGCCAACGACCUCUCCAAAGGUCGUUACUACGACGAAGCUACUCUGCCAUCGCCAAACCAUGCGCGCGCGCGUUCUCCCAGCAUAAAGCCUGUCGCAUCCGCUAUCUCAGAUUCCAAGGCCCAUCCUGCCGCUGGUAUUACGCCGCCACCAACUGUAGAUGACAACGCCCCGACCGGAGCCAGUCCGCAGGCGAAGCCCGUCAUAUCUCCCCUCGGAGUCGCAUCAUCUGCAGAAGAUGCACCGACAUCUUCUGUGUCUGUGAUUAUUCCGGAGGCUUCUCAGGGCGCGGAUGCAUCGACGCCGACUGCGCAAUCCAAGCAAAUCGGCGACCAGAAAGCAAGCGCAUCAGUGCCACAGAUUCCGCUCAGCUCCCAAGUUCGCGAUGGAGCAGAAGUCAAGAUCUCUCCCGGCGCAGCGAGAUCUGCUGCGACGAAUGCGACGCCCUCUCUUGAAAUCCCUCAAUCUCUUCCCCGAAAGAAACACGACUCUCGACCCUCUCUUACUCUAGGCCCUUCAAACAUCGAACAAACUCUCUCGCCCGCUUCAUCUAUCGACCCCUACUCUAAUAAUACGCCUAUUCCCGUCGCAGCUUCACCCGACACAAGCCCCGGCGAGGAAGUGACCGAUGUGGAUCAAAUUGGUCGCUCGAGUCCCAAACAAACCAGAUCUGCGCACCCGUGUCCAGGCUUGGUUCCUGCGACUCCCGACGAGCAAUUGCGGCUGGAGGAGGCACAGUCUUUGAAGCAAAAGACUGGGGAAAGUGUGGCUAACGCCGGAUUACCUUCGUCGAACGAGGUCUUCCAGGAGAGUGUUGGCCCCGGGGCCGAUAAGGAUGAAAUGGAAGUUGACCAAGAGCCUACUGUCGGGGUCAUUGAGUCUAAGCUUCCAGAUGAGACGGCAAGCUUGUCGCCAACCGAACAAUUGUCUGAAGGGGUACGGUCUACCGGCGAUUCUUUCGAGACACCUCACAAGAAGCCCGCCACUAUCCCAUCCACUCUCUCUAGCUCUACGCAACCGGAACGCAUGACUACUCGAGUGUCAUCCGGGGCCAUUCGCCACAAGUCUGUUUCCGAAAUUCUCGGGGAGACGCCGAAAGCCUUGACUCACGAGCGAAGCCAUGGCGACGAGACACCCGACAGCGUUGCGCGGAUGCGCUUCAAGGAUCGCAAAGACAGAGAGAAGGAAAGGACCAGGCUCUCGACCGUUGUUUUCCCUAAGCAAACUCCGACGCAGCAAGAUAAGGCGGAUUCAUUGGAUCUUAUCCACCGGGACUCUAGCGAUGCUGUUUCAAAGGUGAACGAGGAACAAGACUAUCUGUUCACUCUGUUUUUGAACAGGGCGUAUGCUCCUCCUCGGGGUAGCCAUCUUAACACCCUCCUCACAUCCGCCCACAAGACUUUAUCAACCUCAAAUCAUCUUCUCGAAUACCAGGAGCAAAUGGACUGCCGUACCUUGCGCCGAAUCUAUGCACUGCAGAACGCGAACCGCUGGCCACUUCGCCAGAUGAAACGAUCUAUGGAGCCUCCUCGCCAGGGAAGCCACUGGGAUGUCCUUGUUGACCAUAUGAAAUGGAUGCGAACGGACUUCCGCGAGGAACGAAAAUGGAAGAUUGCCGCGGCGAAGAGCUGUGCCGAUUGGUGCGCAGAGUACGUCAACAGCGAUGAGGAGCACAGAGCGCUGCUUCGCAUCCACGCGAAGAUUCCUACACCAAUUAUCGCAACUCAAGACAUCCUCAAGAGUGCGGCUUCUCCAUCCGAGGAUACCGGCGACGAGGCUGUUGCCGUGUCUCAUCCCACACCAGAUCUGGUUCCAUCUGCAGAGGAGGAAUCAGUCAGCGAUGGGUUUAACGAAGAGCCACGCCAUGAUCUGCGAGAUACAGUCGCCCCUGCAGCUAUCUUCUCUCUGGGUUCCGACGAGUUCAACUUCUCGAUCGAGAUGACUCCCGCUGCCGAGAAGUUGCUAGAUGAACUUCCACUUUACGAACCAGUUCGCAUCGCUCCAGAGGCUCAAACGCCAAUAUUCAAGCAACCCCCAGAUUCUGUUUGGAAAACAGAGCUUCUUCCGGUAUCGAAGUUUGCCUCUACCAAAAUUACUUUCCACGAUGAUGAGCGUCCUCGCAAACGAAGCCGAUACGAUUACUCUCAGUAUACUUCGGGCUUGGGCACUCACAUCACCGAAAUUCCUCCAGAGCAGACUAAUGUGGCCCUCUUCCGACCUGAGAACAAGCACAUUCGUGACCGCAUCCAUCCUGGCCAUUCGUUCCGGCCGCCAACCGAGCACCCGAUGCCGUCGGUUGGGUUCUUCGAAUCUCGACAGUCGUCGCAGUGGACCAUGGCAGAGGACGAUGAACUUCGCCGUUUGGUUAAAGAGUACUCUUAUAAUUGGUCCCUUAUUUCCAGCUGUCUCACUUCACCAUCAAUAUUUACUUCUGGAGCCGAGAGACGGACACCUUGGGAAUGCUUUGAACGUUGGGUGGGACUGGAGGGACUCCCGGCAGAUAUGUCCAAGACGCAGUACUUCCGAGCCUACCACCAGCGACUUGAGACGGCUCAGCGAACCGUGCUAGCUCAACAGCAGGCUGCCCAGCAGCAGCAGCAACAACAGGCCGCUAACAAUGGCCAAGUUCAACAGCCUAUUCGCCGUCGGACUACGCAGCCUCUGCGUGUGGACCGAAGAAGAUCUUCCAGACAUCUUGCGAUGCUUGAUGCCAUGCGCAAGCUGGCCAAGAAGCGCGAGACCAUGCUGCAAAAGCAACAACAUGCUUCUCAUCUUGCCUCUUUGAGAAAGGCCAACGAAGCUAACCAGCCCAAGCCUCCUAUCUCGUCACCGGCGGAGUUCAGUCGUCUCAAACAUGAGCGAGAACAGAAGUUGCAGGAGCGACAAGAGCAAUACCGCCAGCAGAUGAUCGCUCAGCAGCGAGCUAAUCUUACCGCUCAGCGUGCUGGUCAGAUGCCAAACCAGCAACAAUCACAGCAGCAACAGCAAAUGAUGAAUGCUCAGGGCCGAACUCCCAACAACAUGCCUCCCAAUUCUGCCAACGGUGCUAUUUCUAACGGCACACCUAACGGGGUGGCUAAUGGUUUGCAGACAGGUGUUGGCGUCAAUCAGAACCGCACUCAGCCUAUGCAGGGCCUGCCAGCUGGAGCCACGCCUGUCAAUGGUCAAAUGCAGAAUAACGCUUUGGCAAUGAAAAUCAUGCCACAGGGCCAAAUGCAACCGGGUCUUGGUGCGAGACCCGCGGUGCCCGUGCAAACCUCACCGGAGAACGAUCGGAUCGUGCGGGAGGCCACCCGACUGCAGGAGCAGCAGCGUGCUCUGCAAUCACGCCAACAAACUCAAGUGCCUCAGCAAGCAGGUCAGCCUCAGCAAGCCCAACAGCAGUUCCACAACCAGCAGUUUGCGCAAGGCUCCCCGAAUCUCAAUAUGCCGAACGGCACCAAUAAUCCUGCCAUGAUCGCUGCCAUGCAAGCCCAAGGAGGAAUGCAAAGCUCAUCGUUCCACGGUGGGACACCACAAGGUGUCUCGACUCCGUCGCCCCGCAUGGCCCAACCCAACCCUCUCUCGAGCGGUGUUGUUCCAACCAUCAGCACCUACCAAAGCCAGAUCCAACAGGCCAACCCAAACCUGCCUCUCGAACAGGUGAAUAAGAUGGCCACGGACCGCCUCAACGCGUAUCGACAGCAGCGUAGCAUCUCCCAACAAGCGGCUAUGAACGCCGCUGCAGGCGGCAUGAAUAGCGUUCAGGCCAACUACCAGGUCCCGCAUGAUGGCAACUUCCAGACUCCACCUCAACCUGGCGUGCCAAAUGGCAACCCGGCAAUGCAGGUUCCUCAGAACCAGGGCUUUUCACCGAUGAUGCGAGUUCCUCAGGCCAACCAGCAGAGCCGUGUCAGCGUCACCAGCUCGCCAGCCAUGAACGGUGCCGUUCCUCAAGCUAGCCGCAGCGCAACACCCCAAACACAACGCAGCGGUAGCGCCCAAGCCGCGGCAAUGCAGGGCUCUAGCAAGAGCCCACACCCUCCAGCAGCCCAGACAGCGCGCAGCUAA